AUGUACGGCAACAGCAAUACACCAAGCGAUGUGGUUCCAAGUGGCCCAUUAACCGCGGCCACUCCUCAGGGACUUCAGAUGCUUGUCGCGACCAAGGGUCUGCAGAUUUCGGCUGGACUUGAUGGACCGUCUUCGUGGCCGUGCGCCUAUUGUACUGUAGUCGUAGGCUCAAGAAGCGCCCUCAAUCGACAUAUCGCUAACAUUCACUCGCCAUACCGUACAACAUUUACCUGUCAUUUAUGCAACGCCGCCGUCAGCCGGAAAGAUCACCUCUGGAGACACAUUCGCAGGAAGCAUCCGGAUUCUCUACCAGCAGACAUGGCUGGAUCCUCAUCGAUGCCAGCUGAUCUAAUGCGCGUCGCUGGUAUGAUUUCGCCGCCGCCGACAUCCGGGGGGUCUUCACCCCCACACGCCAUUAUCAGUGCACUAUCAACAAUUCCAACGUCCCUCGUUGUUACCCCUUCGCCACCAAGCACAGUUCCAUGA